UUGGUCAGUGAGUCUCAGCAGAAUUGACUUAGGGGUGUCAUCUAGUAAGAUUAUUGUCUAAAAACCAAGGACUGGCAAAGAUGAUGCUGCUGAAGUUAGAGGAUCUGGUGACAGGGAAGAAGAAUGAGAGUGGGGAGACCAGGGACUUCCUCCCAGAGGACUUCAGAAAUGGACAAUAUGAAGCUGCUGUGACCCUGGAGAAGCAAGAGGACCUGAAGACACUUCCAAGACACUCAUUGAUCUGGGAAAGUCAAACCUCACAGAAUGAGAAGCAGCGAGAGGCAGAGCUCAAGAAGAAAAAACUGGAACAAAGAUCAAAGCUUGAAAAUUUACAAGACCUUGAAACUAUCAUUCAACUAAAGAAAAGGAAAAAAUACAAGAAAAUCAAAGUCCCAGUUUUAAAGGAACCUGAACCAGAAAUUAUAACAGAACCUGUGGAUGUGCAGAGGUUUCUGAAGGCUGCACUGGACAACAAGCUUCCAGUAAUUGAAAAAUUCUUAUCUGACGAGAAAGAUCCAGAUUCAUGUGAUGAAUACAAACGGACAGCUCUUCACCGAGCAUGCUCCCAAGGACAUUUGGCCAUCGUGGAAAAGUUAGUGAAUGCUGGAGCCCAAAUUGAAUUCCGUGAUAUGCUUGAGUCCACUGCUGUUCACUGGGCAUGUCGUGGUGGGAACCUGGAUGUUCUGAAGUUUUUGCUAAACAAAGGGGCAAACGUCAACGCUCGAGAUAAGCUGCUCAGUACACCUCUGCAUGUGGCUGUGAGGACAGGCCGAUAUGAGUGUGCGGAACACCUCAUCGCAUGUGAAGCUGACCUUAAUGCCAGAGACCGGGAAGGGGACGCACCUCUGCAUGAUGCUGUCAGGCUGAACCGUUACAAAAUGAUAAGACUGCUGAUUAUGUAUGGAGCCAAUCUCAAUGCCAAGAACUGCGAUGGGAAAACCCCAAUGGAUCUCGUUCUCCAGUGGCAAAAUGGUACGAAGGCGAUCUUUGACAGUCUUAAAGAGAACGCAUACAAAACCUCUCGCAUAUCCACAUUCUAAAGGAGCCAACAGUUGCCAGACGGUUGAGGGUGGGGUGGGGAGACCCCCAGGAAACCUAUUUCACCUUACAUAUCUAGUUCUAAAGCAGUGUUUAGUGAAAGUGCUAAAAGAUGAACAAACAGUUGGGGGGAAAAAAGAGACGUAAAAAUUCCAUUUAGGUCAAUGUGAAUUUGCUUUAUUUAUUUUUCUUAUUUAUUCCUAUUUAUUUAUUUGGUUGCUAGUGAAAGCCACAGAUUUCAAGAGCGCUGCUUUGGCGAUCAAAGCUCAAUUAUUGUGUAAAAUUUCCAGAGAGUUCCGGUACAUAGUUGCUAAAUCUAAUUAGCCAGCGGCAUUACAAAUGCCCAUUGAUAUUAGACAGUGGCCAUUUUCCUGGCCAACAUGAGUGUAAGGAACUUCAAGGAGGGCAUUGUGGUCUGUUUUCUCUCCUGAAGUUUUGCUGCUGGCGCUAAAUUCAGCAAAAAGACAGUGAAAGGAGGCUGGUUGAAAAGGGAAAGGAAAGUGAUUAAAGUCUAAGAAUAUUCAAAGUCGAGUAUGUCGUUUUGCUCCUUGGACUGGACUGACCGAUAUUUUGACCAAGCCCAGGGAAUCUGUAGUGAGAUCAGGCGAGUGUUGUGUUCAGAGAGAUUGUUAUGCAUGUGAGUGUCUGGCAGGGGAAGGGAACAAAGCCAAUGUGUCGAAUUACACAGGGAAUGCAGCACAAACGUAGAGAAUGUUCACCCAAACUGUAAAUGUGUAAAUUUCUAUUGCUUUGUAUGUACAUUUUUGUAUUCGUAAUUACAAUAAACUUGAAUGCUCUUGUAAAAUCCUA